GCGACUUUAAUGCAAGAAUAGGUCCCAACGACGAUGAUAUAAUAUCUUCCGCAGCACUCCUGGACAAUCCCCUGCAGCCCCCCUGGGGAAAUAGAUGCUCUCUUGAUCCUAUAACAAAUGCGUCGGGGAGGCUGAUGGCCCAACUGGCCAUGGAAAACGAUCUCUGCAUCGCAAAUG